CUUUUCUCUCUAAUCUGAAUCUGGAACCGAUUUUGAUAUUACGGUUUUACCCCACCUCCUCCGUCCUAUAUAAAUCCUACCCUUUUUCGACAAUAAGCUCAUCAUCUCAGACACCAUAGAAUAAUUCAAUUUCAUUCAGAGUAUAGUUUAACUUGGUUUAUUGAUAUGGGGCAAGAAAAUGGCUACGGUGACUUGGAGAAGCAGAUGCUGGUUCUUCACGACCACGAAGAGAAGCACUUCAGGUCCAGUGAGAUUGUCCGUGACGUCAUUCUCGGCGUUUCCGACGGUCUCACUGUCCCUUUUGCCCUCGCCGCAGGGUUGUCCGGCGCUGACGUCAGCUCCUCCAUUAUCCUCGUUGCCGGCAUUGCUGAGGUUGCCGCCGGUGCCAUCUCCAUGGGACUUGGCGGGUACCUUGCGGCCAAGAGUGAAGAAGAUCAUUACAAGAAAGAACUAAAGCGGGAGCAAGAUGAGAUCAUCGCCGUCCCUGAUAUAGAGGCUGCUGAGGUUGCAGAAAUAUUGUCACAGUAUGGAGUCGAGGCACAUGAAUACGGGCCUGUGGUUAACGCCCUAAGAAGGAACCCACAAGCCUGGCUUGAUUUCAUGAUGAAAUUUGAGCUAGGACUCGACAAGCCGGACCCAAUGAGAGCACUGCAGAGUGCAAUGACAAUAGCCUUUUCAUACGUAUGUGGUGGACUGGUGCCUCUCCUUCCCUACAUGCUCAUUCCAAUUGCCACAAAGGCCGUGCUUGCAUCUGUGGUUGUCACCAUAGUCGCAUUGCUGAUCUUCGGCUUUGCAAAGGGUCACUUCACCGGAACUCAACCUUUCAAGAGCGCUUUCCAAACCGCCUUGAUCGGAGCCAUCGCCUCCGCCGCAGCUUACUCCAUUGCUAAGCUCUUCCAAUCCUACCACUAAUCAAUUGCAAUCACCAGUUUAGUUAUGUGCGCGUCUGCUCCUAAGUAUAUUAAUUUGGUCUAUGCCAUUUCUUUACUUGUCGUACUGGUUACAUGCUGUUAGUCCCUCUACGCUUACCAAAAAAAAAAAAAAAAAAACAUGCUUUGCUCGUUUGCUUCUACAUCUUGGCUUUGUACCUAGCUAGUAUG